AUGGCUGCGAAACAGCACUGGAUUCACACGUGGACUGCAAUGCCCUUGCUUGCAGAGCCAGAGAAGCUCCCACCCAAGCCAUUUAACCAAAAGAAUUUGAUUUUCCGUGACACCACAAUCCGCCAAACCGUCAAGACAACCCUCGGUCUAGCGCGAUACUUCCGCUUCCGCUUCUCUAAUGCCUUUGGCACCGAUGAUCUGACAAUAGCAGAAACUACCGUCGCACUGGCAAAAAGUGGUGUUUCUGGAGGCCAUGCUAUUGAGUUGCCCACACUGAAAAGAGUGACCUUUAAUGGUGAAUCGGCAACGACGAUCUCAGGCGGUGCACUGGCCGUUUCGGAUGCUGUGGACCUGGGUCCUUUACCCGCGGGAAUCGUCCUAACGAUCAGCAUGUUUCUUGAGUCGGGACAAAACGGUGAGACGGGAAUCACCUGUCAUCCCGGGAGUCGAACGAGUUCCUUCUGUGUUCUGGGGAAUCGGGUUGCAGAUUCCGAUUUUACAGAAUACUCGGUUGAAGAGAUUGAGCACUGGUAUUAUAUCUCUGGAAUCGAAAUACUUGCACCUCGGGACACGGGUACAUUUGCGAUCAUUGGAGAUAGCAUAACUGAUGGCCGGUGCAGCACAACAAAUGGAAACGAUCGAUGGCCAAACCUUCUCUUCUCUCGCUUUCAAUCCUACCAUUCAACAUCCUCAACCUCAAUAAUUAGCCAAGCAGCAGGUGGAAAUAGGAUCCUAACCGACGGAAUCGGACCGAACGUGCUCAGUCGUCUGGAUAGAGAUAUUCUCUCCCUCCGAGGAGUGCGCCAAGUCCUCAUCUUCGAAGGGGUGAACGAUAUAGGCACUGCAAAUGCUGAUGAAGAAAGUCAGAAAAUCAUCGGUGAUCGGUUGAUCGCUGGAUACAAACAGAUCGCUACUAGAGUGCAUGCUUGUGGAAUUCGGAUCUUUGCUGCGACAAUCACGCCAUUUGGACGAAGGGAGGACGAGGUGAUUGUUGAUCCAGAGGAAGCGGGUGUUACUAGUUAUUCGCAUCCGGAAAGAGAGAAAACAAGACAACGAGUUAAUGACUGGAUUCGAAAUAGCGGGACUUUUGAUCGAGUGAUUGAUUUUGAUCGAGUCUUAAGAGACGAGCAUCAUGUUUCUGCUUUGGCGAAGAGGUUUGAUUCAGGGGAUCGAUUGCACCCGAACUUGGAGGCCUUUCAUGCCUUGGCUGACGCAUUUCCCCUGGGUAUUUUCACCACUGACUUCGGAAACUGGGUCUAG